UGUGCUGUGGCAUCAUUUCUCCAUUUGUGUUUGAAUUGUUUAAAAUUAGGAGCGGAAAUAAGUGGCAUUUUAGAUGUAUUCAAACAAAAGGCGAAAUUUGUGUUGUGUUUAUUUUAGGACAAAUCAAUUCUAGUGCUGCUUAGUGCCUAAUAAGUCUAAAGAAAUGUCUGAACCUAACGAGGGCCAUCGGUCCAUCAGCCCUGUCGAAAAAGAGAAAACGCCUUCGAGGGUGGUGAUUGCCGAUGGAGAAAUGGCCAAUUUAACCAACACGGAGUGGAGCAGCCACUGGCGGCAACAAGACUCCUACAUAAUGACAUUGGAAAGACGAGCUUCUGCACAAGAAGGGGAAUUGGCUGAGCUUCGACAGGUUGCAGAGAAGAUGAAACAGCAACUAAGUGAGUCGCAGCAAAGGGAGAAGUUCCUAGUUAGGAGAAUAGCAGUCAAAGAACAAGAAUCCCAAGAUCUUGUGCUCCAGCUCAACGAACUGAAGAGCAAUCAAGUACCUACAGCGUCGUCUCUACGAAACAUGCUUCUGGAUCCCGCCGUCAAUUGCAUGUACCAACAGUUCCGUAAAGAAAUACAAAACCUCCGAUCCAAACUUGAAGACACGCAGAACGAACUGGCGGCAUGGAAGUUCACACCCGAUUCUAACACUGGAAAGAGAUUGAUGGCGAAAUGCAGACUUUUAUACCAAGAAAACGAGGAGUUGGGCAAGAUAACCAGCAGCGGUCGAAUAGCGAAACUGGAAAGCGACCUGGCAUUGCAAAAAUCGUUCUCCGAAGAAGUAAGACAGUCUCAAAACGAACUGGAUUCUUUCCUUGCGGAUUUGGACGAGGACGUUGAGGGGAUGCAGAGCACGAUACUGAUACUGCAGCAGGAAUUGCGUAAAAGUAAAGAGACGGUUCAAAUCUUACAGAAAGAAAACAGUACUUUGAAAUCGGCGAAUUGUCGGGCCAACGGUGACAGUGUGAAUAAUUGUGAACAGGAAAGGACGACAGACUCUGAGUCAGAGGGCGAAAGGACUCGCGCUAAACGGGUUCGCAGGUCCUCAGUCUUGAGCAUCAAUUAUAACGAGGAUGAUACACUUGUUAUAAAUACGAACGGUGAUGUUGCCAUGACUUCCGAUCCCGAAUAGGUAAUCGUUCUCUCUCUUUCUCUCAGUGUCUGGUUGAAAACGGUGAACGUUUUUUAUGUGAAAGAAAGAUGCGCCACACUUUUUAUUAUUUGAUUGAUUUCGUAAUGUGCAGCCUCCGUUCUUUUUUACAAUUGCAAUAAAAAAAAUGUGAUAUGAAAUAAACAACUAACGGUUACAUUAUCUUUCAUUAACAUUUAAAUAGACUCCCUCAAUAUUCUUCAAAAUGAAAUUAACAUACAAUUGACUAUCAAUGUCUAUAACUUUCCACUACACUUAAGAAUUUUAAAUUUUCAACUCGAUAUUCAGUUAUUCAAAUAUAAUCUGAAAUAGUCUAGAAUUUUUUGUGACUUUACAGUUUUUCUUCCAAAAAAAUUGUUUUGGCCAGUGUACAAAUAAUCCUGUUGCAUGGAUCACAUUUUAUGGAAUUUGCUUCGAUUCGAUUCUUCAAAAAUUUUAUCAUAAUUGAUUCCUAUUUAUAAGAAAUGUAGUUAUUUUAUUCCAUUGUUGUCCAGAGAAUUGAGUUGAAGUAAUGGUAUAAAAAAAUAUUUGGGAGGCUGCGUUCCGUUAACAAAAUAUUUAAUUGAAGCCAUUUAUUUAAUUUUUAAGGCCUAAUAAUCCAGAACUAAUUGGAAUAUAUUCAAACUAAACAUUGAGAGAUGAGAAUUUCAGGUAAAUCGAAGUUAUUGGAGUGCGUGACAUUUUAAAUGCCCUAUAUAAACUGAUGAACAGUAUAUGAAAUUGUACAUGAAAUUACUUAGAAAAUUGUGUUUUUUUCUAUUACUCUUGUGAAAUGAAAUCAAAAUAAUUUGUGCUACACAAAAAAUUAACUAUCUGCAGAGCAGACAAAAAUAUAUAUUUGAGUAGUGCUGAUUCGAUUUUUGCUUUUCAUCAAUGAUGGAAUCGAAUGAAAUUCUUACAUCUCACAUGAUUUGAUGACGAAAGACAGAGUUAGAAUCGUUUAUUUUAUACAUAGAAUUUCAAUAAAUAAUUGAACAAGUU